AUGGGGGAGAUGGGCGGCGGCAGCAGCAGCAAAAACAAGGCAUCAGUGUCGCUGGUGGAGAAGAGAUAUCUGUCCAGUAGACACAGGUUUCUGUCUCUCCGGGCUGGACUCGUUCAGAACAGUCCUUUCAGGCAGCGGAGUGUCCCACACACUAAAUCUCACAUCUGUGAAGAAGCCCAGAGCACAGAGAUAAAUCUUCUGCCCACCUCCACCUCAAUGUUCCUGCCUGAGUUCCCUCAACGAGGGGAAGGAAAUAUGCAUUUACAGAUUACUGGUUUUAUAGCUAAAGGCUCAUUCGGUCCUAUUCUAAAGGUAAAGGACUGGGCAAAAGACAAGGCCUUUGCUAUUAAGGUUUUACCCAAGUCUGAGGUUUUGAGACUUGGGGUUCUGGAGCAGUCCAAAGAGGAGGUUAUUAUCCAGCGGCAGCUCAGGCACCCUUUUCUCCUCAGUCUGGAGGACUGUUGGCAGAGCCAGCGUCAUCUCUUCAUCAUGUGUGAAUACUGCAGCACUGGAGAUCUGUACACGUACUGGACACUGACCGGCCAGUUUGAUGAGAAGGAGAUACGGGUAUUUGCUGCUGAACUGGGCAGUGCUUUAGGUUUUCUGCAUGACUUCGGGAUCAUUCACAGAGAUGUGAAGAUGGAGAACAUCCUUUUAACAGAGCAGGGUCACCUCCGGCUGGCGGAUUUCGGCCUGUCUCGUCGACUCGAGUGUGGAGAAAGAGCGUUCACAAUCUGUGGAACGAUACAGUACAUGGCUCCUGAGGUGUUGAGUGGAGGUCCGUACGGUCAUGCUGCAGACUGGUGGUCUCUAGGCAUUUUGAUAUAUGCACUGGCAGCAGGAGAGUUUCCUGUUCCACCAGAAGCAGACCACAGCAAUAUGUUGACCACGGUGACUGACCACCUGUAUGAGAUGCCUUCAGGCUUCAGUCCUGAACUGGCUCUGCUUCUUACCGAGCUUCUGUGUAAGAAUCCCACGUGUCGCCUCCGCAGCCUGGAGCGCUACAAAAGCCAGAGAUUCUUCUGUGGGGUCUCCUUUGACUCACAACUGCUGACGAAGGCUCCUGUUCAGCCCAUCCUUCAGCUGAAGGACCACCCGGAGCGGCUGGAAAAAUCAGCACGGGGGUUGACGUUCGAGCAGCUGCAGAAUUUUGACUGUGAUCUUCUCAACUCUCCAACAGACGUUUCCCAGACCCUUCUGAACACUGGAAUGGACCAGGAUGCUUCAGGUUCUUGAGGAGAGGAGGUAAGAACCCGAAAGAAGGGUUCUCAGCUUUCCUCGACUGCUGCUACAGAAGAACCAAAACCAAAUAACUCAUGAGAAUUUAAUACUCAGUUGUGAAACGGGCAGGCAAGCUCAGAAAUUCACAGGUAGGGGUGAAACCCAGCAGGUAAGCAAUAAAUUCAGAGACAUUAGUUAUUACACUAAAAACUUAUUCAGGAGAGACUAGGUUUACCUGGGGAGGUGCAGUAAUGUAUUUUUCUACAGGAUGUCAGGAAAAUAUGUGAUUUAUUCACACUGGAGAAGAAAUGUCAGCAUAAAUGACUGAGAUGGGAGCGGCUACUCGAUUUAUGCACUGCCAUCAUCUAAAAAAAAUAAAUAAAUAAAAUAAUGAAAAUCAAUAUUAUAACCCACUUAUAAUAGUAAGGAAAUUUAAGUUAAAAAAUUAGCUGCUACAUGUUGAUAACAAGUAAAUAAUAUAAAAUAUAAAAGAAUAAGUCUUGGCUCGUCUUUUGAAUUUAAUUAAAUUGUAAGUGUUAAGAUGGCUGAAGGACUUGAGGUGUCAGUGCAUUGAAAAUGUAGCUAAAUGCUAAACGCGCCCUUGAGCUCCUCCGUAAUUCAGAAAAAAUUGUCUGGAAUCUUGAGAUGUGAGUAAAAAAAUCACUUAGUCUAGUAAAGUUUAGUAAAAAAACACUAAGGAUAUCUGGUAAUAAUUACAUUACCCCACCUCCCCUAGAAAGACAUAAGUUAGAUAAAGGAUUUUCUGAAUAGCACAUGAUCACAGCAAUAAACUAGUACAGGAGUCAGUAGUGUUUUAUAGCAAGUAGCAGACAAUAUAUCACAGUGUAUCUAUCAGGGCACUACCUGUGUAAGGAACCGCAUUUAAAAUAACUGGAAUAGCAGUCAAUUUUGUUCUUAUAGCAUAAAACUUUGUUUACAUUUUAUAUCAUGCUUCAUUUACAUGUAAUUUCUAGUGUUUACACUUGGACAAAAGGUGGACAUAUUUUACAUUUUGGUUUAGAAUAGGUCUAUGGACCAUACAAAAUAUGUUCAUUAAGUUUUUUUUACACAGAAUCACUCUCACAUAAAGAGAUAUCACCAGCUCUAUUUCUACCAGGUUCAGACCCUUUCAGAAUGAGCCGUUUAGGGGCUCUGUCACAUUUAUGCAAAUAAGCUGUUGCUGGCCACGCCCCAUGUUUAAGCUAAGUGUUUGCCACACAUUCUUACAUCCUCCUCAUUUGCUAACUUGCCAUGGACAGUAGGUACAGAUUCCUCCCUCGGACGAAGUCUGUUGGGUAAUCCUGCUGUGUACUGUCUGAGAUUCUCAACCAGCAAAUAAUACAAUUUUUGUAUUAUUUUAAAAUGUUUAAUUAAUAAUAAAGUCAUCCAAACUAUGAAGAAAAACAUAUUGAACAUUCUUUAAAGUAGUACUUCUUGCUUAGAUGACAGCUUUCUACAUUUUUUCAGUCCGUUUUAUGAGUAGAAUCACCUGGAAUGACUUUCAGUUAACAGCUGUGCCUCAUCAAGAGUU